UCAUAUUUUUAUUUGUGAUUUGGCAGAAAGGCGGUAGACUAGCAUGGUUUUAGAAGGAUAAAAUGCCACCCAAAAAAGACUUAAAAUCAGCAGCCAAGAAAGGAGGAAAACCUGAACCAGAAAAAAGCAAACCAAAGGAAGAAGAAAAGAAAGGAAAAGAUGACAAAAAAGGAGCGAAAGAUGACAAGAAGGGUGGAAAAGAUGACAAGAAGGCAGGAAAAGAUGAUAAGAAGAAAGGAAAAGAAGAACCACCCAAGGGUAAAGGGAAAGAUGAUGGUAAGAAGGGAAAGGAUAAAGGCAAAGGAAAGAAAGAGGUUAUUGAAUCUGAUGAGGGCUCAGAUGCUGAGUUGAUGGAUGAAGAUUUGAGCGAGGAGGAUGAGGAUGAAGAGUCAGAUGGAGGCAAAAGAAAGCGUGGUGGUGGAAAAGAUGCCAAAGGUAAAGCUGCAAAGGGAAAGUCCAAAUCCAGACAGCCUGAUUCUGAUGAAGAUGAGGAUGAUGAAGAUGAUGAAGAUGAUGAUGAAGAAGAUGAGGAGGAAAGUGAAGAGGAGGAUAGGAAAGGAAAGAAGAAAUCAAAAGAUCAUCAUAAAUCUAAAGCUGAGGAAGAUGGAAAGAAGAAGAAAGCAAAAAAGAAGGAAGAGCCUCCACCUGAGCCACCACCUGAAGAGAAAAAGAAAAGAGGACUCAAAAAUACCUCAAAACUCUUUAUGAGGUUCUCUGGAUUUAAGAAAAGGAAGAGCUCAAAGAAGCGACUCAAGAGCACUUCCAAGCUGUUUCUUGGACUUGGCAAAAGGAAGAAUCGUUUGCUUAAGAAAAAAAGGAGAAAAUCUCUCUUGAGAAAUGCUCCAAGGUUCAUGAUGCGUUUCAAAAACAGCAAAAAGAAGAAAAAAGAGAAGGAAAAAAAAGAGCCAUCAGGGCCGAAGCCAACCUAUAUGCUUAUUAAAUUAGGUGGCAAUUCUAAAGCAGCAGAGAAGAAACCGGGAUUUUUUAAAGGGCUUUUUGGGAAAAAGAAUGCAGGGGAUGGGACUGGUUUUAAAUAUAGGGGUCAAUUAUUAGGUAAGAUUGCUGGGGCAACAAACUGGCUGACCAAGAGGUUCCUCUCCGUUAAGGGGCGUCAGAGUGGAAAGGGUGAUGCCUGGAGCCGAAAAAACAACAAAAAAUAUCCAUUUUCUGCUGACAGUCGCCAAGCUAGCAUCCGAGCUCCUCCAGGGUAUCACAAUUAUGGAUAUGAACAUGACACUGGAGGAUAUGAUUAUAAUAACCAGAGCAGGGUGGAUAGGGGUGCAUUUCACAGACAGUCAAUCCAGAGGCAUUCUAAUAGGUAUAAUGAACAGUAUGCGCACAUGCAGGGACACUCUUCAUUUCCACAGCAAUACACUCAAUAUGAGGAACCAAAUAACUAUUAUGAAAUGGAAUCACACGAUCAAGGCUAUUAUGAGUUGCAGGAUGAAUACUAUGACCCUCACACAGCCAUGCAGGAUGAGGGUGAAUUUUAUGAUGAUGGUAUGGACUACAAUGACCCCUAUGGAGCGCAGGAGCAGAUGGGCAAUUACCCACAGGAAAUGGGCUACUAUACUCAACAGCAUCCACUGGAUCCAUAUUUCGAUGAUGGCAUUGAGUACUAUGAUGAUAGUCAGUAUCCAAUGGGGAACAUCUAUGAUCAAUAUGGGAAUGAAAUGGAUCUGUAUUCCCAGGCUCAGUUUGGAUAUUAUGAUGAUCUUCAGGGGUUCUAUGGUGACCCAUAUGAAGUUGAAAUAUCAGGUGAUCCAUAUAUGGAUGCUUAUGAGGAUUAUGGUGAUCUUUAUUUUCAGGAUUAUCAGGUUAAUUACAGUGAAUCAGAUGUUGAUCCAUAUCUGCAAUCUUCCUACAAUAUGUAUGAUCCAUAUAGUUAUCCAGUGCAAGAUAUUAUGGAAGGUGAAGAAGGUUAUGGAAUGUAUGGUGAGAAGUAUGGGGAUUUUUCUAUGGAGCCUAUGCCCUUUCACGGAGACAUGGAGUUCAGAGUCCCAAGACCACAGGUUAAGCUUUUUGGUAAGGAAAGGAUUGAUGUUGAGCUUCCUCCUUUGCCUCCACAAUAUGAUUUUGAAGAAAUGUCAGACAUACAGUAUGAAAAUUAUGCAUAUAUACCUGGAGCCUCAAUGAAUGAUGGUUUUUCACAGGCAAUGCAUCAGCAAGAAAUAUCAUCCAUACGUAGUAACAGGUCCAUUAUGCCACAGGACUUCACAGCCUCCCCACAACUCUCAGGUCAUCAUAUUGGGAGGGGCAUAAGGGAACAAAGUCAUUUCAAUCCUCCAGGAACACCUAAUGCAAUGAGAAACCCACAGAGACCCAUUGGUCGUGGCCGUCCACUCAUGGCCAGACAGUCACUUAGGCGUGCACCAGGCAUGAUGCCCCCUUCACCACAGCUUUCUCAAAAACACAUGCCCCCUCCAUCUCCUCAGCCUUCCAUUAGACAUCUCUCCAGACCAGCCUCUCCUCAUCCAUCUAUCAUACAUGGUUCCCCAUUACCAAUGCGUCCCAGUUCCCCUAGGGCUCUGCCUACUUCUGUACUUUCUGGUCCUCCAGUAUAUGAUGCUUCAUUUGCAUCUCCUUUUCCCUUUGGUGCAGAGCCGGUCCCUGUAGAAUUUGAUCAGGUUAGUGGUGUACCUCAGUCACCAAUGCUUACAAGUGCCCUUCAAAAUCAAAGGGUCCAUAAUGCAACCUAUACUUCACAAUUCCAACAGCCUAUGUCACCUUAUGCUACUGAAAUCAUUAAUGUUCCACAGUUUCCUGGUCAACCACCUUCACCAGUUUCCUCCUUUGCCCUGCAAAACCCUAAUCUAAGCCAUGCUGCACAGGUCUCACAAUUGCAACCAGUACAAUCACCAUAUAAUCCUGAAAUGGUUGCACAGGAUCAGCAUACAGCAGAGAUGGCAUCUCCACUUUUGUCAAAUGCCUUACAAAAUACUCAGCUCCGAGAAGCUUCUUACAUGUCGCCCUUGCAAAGGCCAGGUUCACCUUAUGCUCCUGAAGUGGCUCAGUUUGGUGAGAUCCCUGAACAACCAUCUUUUUCUUCCCCAUAUGUUCCUCAAAUGGAAGCAUUUGAACAAGUUCCAGGUCAACCAGCAUCACCUUUGCUGUCCAAUGCAAUUCACAAUCCACAACUUCACAAUGCACAAUACAGAUCAUCUCUUCAGAUGCCACAUUCACCCUAUACUCAGGUGGAAACAGGCUAUGAUUACAUUGAAGAGCCAGGUGCUGCCCCCCUUCUCUCUAAUGCUCUUCAAAAUCAGAAUGUCCGCAAUGCUUCUUACCGAACACAUUUACGUCGCAGGGGAUCCCGUGUUCCCCCUGGCUAUAGUCCAAGAGGAUCUCCAGUUCUUUCAACAGCUUUGCAGAACCAAAAUAUUCGUAAAGCAUCAUACCGAGGACCUGUUCAGGGAAUGGUCUCCCCUUAUGCACCUGUGCCAGGUUUUAGGCAGGACCCUCGAAAAUCUCCUUUUCUGUCUGAUGCACUGCACAACCCCCAACUUCGUGGUGCCACUUACCGAUUGCCUGAUGGGACAUUAGUAUAUGGUAAUCAGGGACUAAAUGUAAACUCUUCCCCAAUGCUUGUGGAUGCGAUUGGAAAUCCCCAGCUCCAGAAUGCUUCAUAUAGACUUCCUGCUGGGUCCGUAAUAGGCAUGGACCCACGACAGCAACAGUCUUACUCACCAAACCUCUCAAGUGCUUUGCAAAACCGAAACAUAAGAAAUGCCUCUUAUAGACUUCCAGAUGGAACAAUAAUAUACCCAGACUCUCAUGUACAGCAACCUUCUUCUCCAAACCUGUCCAGUGCCUUACAGAAUCCAAAUCUGAAAAAUGCAACUUAUAGACUUCCAGAUGGAACUCUUGUAACAGCAGGACAACAACGGCAAACCUCACCAAACCUGUCAUAUGCACUUCAGAAUCAGAAUAUUAGGAAGGCAUCAUAUAGACUGCCAGAUGGGACAAUAAUAAUGUCUGAUCAGCCAAUGGAACCAACAUCUCCAAAUCUAGCCAAGGCACUCCAAAACCAAAACAUUAGAAAUGCAACUUACAGAUUGCCGGACGGCACAUUAAUAACAACAGAUCAGCCAAUGGAACCAACAUCUCCAAAUCUAGCCAAUGCACUCCAAAACCAAAACAUUAGAAAUGCAACUUACAGAUUGCCAGACGGCACAUUAAUAACAACAGAUCAGCCAAUGGAACCAACAUCUCCAAAUCUAGCCAAUGCACUCCAAAACCAAAACAUUAGAAAUGCAACUUACAGAUUGCCAGACGGCACAUUAAUAACAACAGGCUAUGGGCAAUCCAAACCUACUUCCCCAAAUUUAUCAGCAGCACUUCAGAACCAGCAAAUGAGAAAUGCCAGCUAUCGUUUACCCGAUGGGUCAAUAAUAAGUGGACCAAGUUAUGAAGUUAAGUCUCCAAAUUUGGCAAGCGCGCUUCGGAAUCAGGAUAUUCGUAAUGCUACCUACAGGCUUCCAGAUGGAUCUGUUAUUUCACAAGCUUUAUAUGGGCCAAGUAGUCCAAACAUUGCAAAUGCCUUACAGAAUGAAAACAUUCGCAGGGCCACUUACCAGCUACCAGAUGGAUCUGUUAUUUCAGCAGAUCCUCGAAGACAUAGAAGUCCAAAUUUAUCGCAGGCACUUCUAAAUCAAAACCUCCGCAACCUCAAAUACAGAUUACCUGAUGGAUCAGUCCUCACUCAAGGAUUUGCAGUUCCCACUUCGCCACAAUUAAUGGAUGCUCUAAAGAAUCCUAACCUGAAGAAAGCCUCUUACCAACUACCUUCAGGGAUCUCCAACUAUAUGAUAUCCUCUGGGCAAGUGAUUAUUGGGCCAGAUGGCCGUUAUGCUGUGGUUCCACCACAGCGGAAAGGUCCAGGUGGGCCAGAAGAGCACUGGGCUCAGAAUUCCAGAGAGGGGCAAACUGCAGAGGACCUGUGGGCUGCAGAAAAAGUCUUGCCUCAUGAUACAGUACAGAACCUCAUCAAAUGGUCUAUGUAUCGUGAUGAAAAAAUGAUGGAAUUCCUUACCCCCCCACCCGCUGGUCUUAGGCCAGGGGAAACAGAGCUGUACUGGGUACCAGAUCGUGAAGGGGAGCCGAAAGGACAGUGGUAUGACAAGAUGUAUUCUAUAAGGAGCCUGCCUACUGUCAGCUACAGAGUGAAAAGGGAAGGGGAUGGAGUUGAGGACAUGACACAAAUGGAAGAGCUUACUGAGGCAACAGUAUUGAUAAACAUGAAGACUCGCUUUGAUCAAGAGCUUAUCUAUACAUACAUUGGCAGUAUUCUGGUAUCUGUGAAUCCAUACCAGCUAUUUAACAUCUAUGGCACAGAUAUGGUUCUGCAGUAUGAAGGCCAUGGCUUGGGAGAUAACCCACCUCAUCUCUUUGCCAUUGCAAACAUUGCCUACACAACAAUGAUGGAUGUCAAGCGAAACCAGUGCAUCAUUAUCAGUGGUGAAAGUGGUUCUGGAAAGACAGAGGCGACAAAACUGGUUCUGAGGUACCUCACUGCUAUUCACCAUAAGAGGAACAUUACACAACAGGUACAUAUUCUAGAGGCAACUCCUCUGUUGGAGUCAUUUGGGAAUGCAAAGACGGUCCGAAAUGAUAACUCCAGUCGCUUUGGAAAAUUUGUGGAGGUCUUUUUGGAGGAAGGGGUGAUCAGUGGUGCCAUAACCUCGCAGUAUCUACUGGAGAAGUCCAGGAUCGUUUUUCAGGCCAAAGAUGAGAGAAACUACCACAUCUUUUAUGAGAUGCUGGCUGGACUUCCUACUCACAUGAAACGGGCUUUCUACCUACAAGAGGCCGAAACCUAUUACUACCUGAACCAGGGUGGUAACUGUGAGAUCAUUGGGAAAGAUGAUGGGGAGGACUUUAGGAGGCUACAGAGUGCCAUGGACAUUCUCCACUUCAGUCCUGAAGACCAGAGCAGCAUAUUCAGAGUGCUGUCAUCCAUACUGCAUCUGGGCAAUGUCUUUUUCCAUAGAAUAGAGACAGAAGUGCAGGAGACAGCUGGUGUGGUGAGCACUCAGGAGAUUCGUGCUGUAGCCGAUCUGUUGCUAAUUUCUCCAGAGGGUCUGCAGAAAGCCAUCACCUUCAAAGUGACGGAGGCAAUGAGAGAGAAGAUAUACACUCCCCUCUCAGUAGAAAGUGCUGUGGAUGCCAGAGAUGCAGUUGCCAAGAUCCUUUAUUCCUUGCUCUUUCAUUGGCUGACUGAACGUAUCAAUGGACGGGUCUACCCCAGGAAUGAGGCGCUGUCCAUAUCUUUACUGGAUAUAUACGGGUUUGAGAGCUUGAUGUUCAACAGCUUUGAGCAGCUCUGUAUCAACUAUGCCAAUGAGACCCUGCAGUUCUUCUUCAGCAAAAUUAUUUUCAAACAGGAGCAGGAAGAGUACAUUCGAGAGCAAAUCAACUGGAAAGAACUGACCUUCACUGACAACCAGGCAUGCAUAGACCUUAUCGCUGCAAAGCCCCAUGGGAUACUCCGCAUCCUUGAUGAUCAGAGUGGCUUUCCACAGGCCACUGACAACACCUUCCUUCAGAAGUGCCACUAUCAUCAUGGAAACAACCCUCUUUACUCCAAGCCAAAAAUGCCACUGCCAGAGUUUACUGUCUAUCACUACGCUGGCCGUGUAACUUACCAGGUCCAUAAGUUCCUGGAUAAGAACUACGAUCAGGUUCGGCAGGAAGUGUUGGAUCUGUUUAUGCAGAGCCAGAACCGAAUGGUGUCCAAUCUCUUUAUAAGGCAUGCUGAGAUGCUGAAUCAGCAAAAAGGAGCAAUGAACAGGAACAGCACAGUGACUCGGAAAUAUCAGCCCUCUACUGUGGCUGCCAAGUUCCAGCAAUCACUACAGGAGCUCCUAGACAAAAUGGAGAGGUGCAACCCAUUUUUUGUGCGUUGCAUAAAGCCAAAUAAUAACAAGGAACCUGGUAUAUUUGACCCUGAGUUGGUUGCUACUCAGCUCAGAUAUUCAGGAAUCUUGGACACAAUCCGUAUCAGGAAGGAGGGCUAUCCAGUCAGAGUGCCGUUCCAUAAAUUCUUAAACAGGUACAAAGCCCUGCUGGGAAUGAAGAAGCCACCACCUCCAGAUGGAGAUAACUGUGUCAUUAUGUUAAUGAAGCUUUGCCCAAUCAACAAAGGAGAUUAUCAAGUGGGUGUGUCAAAGAUCUUUCUAAAGGAGGAAGUGAAUCAGUUAUUGGAGAGUAAACGUGAUCGUAUGAUGCAUGUAGCUGCACUGACCCUUCAGCGUUACGUACGGAUGUAUUUUGUACGCAAGAAUUUCCUCAAGUUCCGUUUAGACAUGACAAAGCUUCAGGCUCACUGCAAGGGCUACCUGGCCAGGCGACGGUUUCUGCGAAUGCGUAUAAACCUGAUCAGGCACCGCGCAAUGGUCCGACUCAUUGUCAACCGCAAAAGAUACAUCAGGGAGCGAACAAGCAGGGAGGUGGUAAAUGUGACUCAGCUGGUUAUUCCUGCAGAGUUGGGAGGAUUGUUACAGGCCACAGCAGCUGGUAGGGAGCGUCAUUCAGACUGCUUGGCUCUGGUUCAGGCUCCUAGAAUACAGACAGACCCCCAGCUCACUCUUCCACUGGACAUCAACAACUAUUUGAUGACCAAAUAUAUACGCACGCAUUUCAGGGAAUUGCAGUUCGGGAUGCUAACAGCACCGCUGGAGAACUCACUGACCCGUCUAGAAGACGAUCUGAAACAGGAUGCUCUAGAUGUGUUUAUACUGAUUUUGAGGUUCAUGGGAGAUCCAAACCUGAAUGGAGCUCAAGAAAACCUGUUUGGAAAUUAUAUCAUUCAGAGAGGCCUUGCCACUCCACCAAUCAGAGACGAGAUCCUAGCGCAGAUAGCCAAUCAGGUGUGGCGGAAUGAAAACAGCAGAAAUGCAGAGAGAGGCUGGCUGUUGAUGGCUGCCUGUUUGAGUUCCUUUGCCCCAUCUGAGAAGAUGGAGAAAUAUCUGCUAAAAUUUGUGUCAGACUAUGCUCUGAAUGGCUUUAAGGCACUGUGCCAACACAAACUCCUCCAAGCUAUGCAGAAAUCCUACCUAGUCCCUGAAGCAUCUCGAACAUACCCUCCAUCCCUGCUGGAAUGGACUGCCACCCGCAAGAAAGCACACAUGGUUCUCCAGGUGCACUGUUUUGAUGGAGCUUCUUUUCUGUGUCCUGUCCACUCCUGGACCAAUGGAGAGGGCCUUGCAGGAGACAUUCUACAACACAGGGGUGUGUCCUCUGAAAGUCGAUGGGGUUGGUCCGUUCUGAUGAAGGAGCUGGCGCAGUGGGUGGAGUUAGAGGGUCACGACUAUGUUCUCGAUCUGGUGUGCGACCUGGAGCUGCUGCCAGACUUCCCUAAACAGAAAACAUACUUCAUCAUCUCUACUGAAGACCCCAGCAGGGCACGACCUAACGCGAGCAUAAGUCUCUUUGGCAGUGGAUUUGAAGAGGAUGAGGAGGGGCCACUCUCAUAUGCCAACCGAACGAGCGCCAUUGCAACCAACAGCCUACCGAUUUCUGAAGGCCACUACAGUCUGGACUCAGAGCCAUCCUAUGAUGCCACUCAGCGUGGGAUGGACCGGUAUUUGGACAGCCUCUUUGACCCAGUUCUGUCUGAUGGAACUGGGGACCUUGAUGCAUCAGUUUUGUCUGGUAGGAUGAAGGGUGGAGGAGGUGUAGGUGGAGAUGAAGCACAGUCCCCUGCUAGAGUCACUCCCUCAGCCGCUCUUCAGCCUGGAGCAGUGAGAGUUCUGCCACCCAUACCAGGCACUUCAGUCAUGCCCAGUAUGCCAGCAGUGCCCCCAGUGCCAGGUAUUUCUAAUUAAAAUGCCAUCAGCUUUAAAGGGCUUGAUCAAACUGUCCUGGCCCAACAGCAACAAACCAUCAUCAACCAGCAAGCCGUCAUUAUGGCUCAGCAGAUGACCAUGCAGGCGAUGGCUAUGGUGACCAGUCCAGUGUCCAGUCCACCAAUGUCUCCCCUCACCAGCCCCCCAACCAGUCCUCCUCCCACUCCUUACAGCACUCUGCCACCCAGCCCGUACCCCGCCAUCCCUCCCAGCCCUUACGCAAACAUCCCCCCCAGCCCUUAUGCCCCACUUCCCCUGUCCGCGUACACAAGCCCCCCGAUGACCCCACACCCAGCCGUCGCCUCCACCUCGAUCUACGCCACCCCCAGCACAUCAAAAGGGCAACGUGAGCCACUGAAGAAGAACAGCCCCCCAACUCCGCAGCCGCGGAACACCAAGACGACACAGGCUGCAUCAUCUAAUGGGUCAUUAGGGAAGAAACAAGCCCCCGCUGCACCAAUUAAACUUGACAGCAGGCCUGCUAAAAGACAUGCUCCUGUUGCGGUCACGGGUCCCAUGCGUUCUGCUCCGGCUCCUGGCACAGAGGUGGUGAAAUAUUCUGUCUCUAACUCCGAGCACAUCGUUCCCAGCCACAACAUUAAAGACAUCAUUAAACAAUAUCAAACUCCGGCCCCAGAACCUGUGCCGCAGAUACAGAGGCGAGAUGGUAAAGGUUUUGUCAAGAAGUUGAACCCACAUGAUGAGGCAAUGCAAAUCCUAAAAACACAGAUGGACAAUCCACCUCCUCCAGAGAGAAAGCCUCCCACUCCAGCUGCUGUGUCCAGAGAUGGAGGCCUCAAACCAACUAAAAGCAGCAAGAAGAAAGCACCGGAACCUCCACUGACUUUACCACCACCAGUGUCCAGAGAUCUUCCAGUGGAAUCAGAGAGCAUCCAAACACAGCUGCAGAGGAGCAGCACAGAGGAACACUACACCUACACAAACGUUCCCUGGAAAAUCUACCUCAGAAAAGAGGUCUUCUAUCCCAAAGACAGUUGGAACCAUCCGCUAGUGCUGGACCUCAUAUUCAAACAGAUUGUUAAUGACACAUUUACAGAGGCCUGUGUGCGCAUUACUAAAGAGGAGAGACAGAAGAUGAAAUCCUUGUUUGCUCAAUAUGGCAUCGAGCCGAACACAGAUGUUCAGGAUGAGAGUGUGAAGAAAGCUGUGAUUGCUGCUGCCAGGGAGUCAUGGGAGAUUUAUUUUUCUCGCCUUUUUCCUGCCUCUGGCAGUGUGGGAACUGGAGUGCAGGUGUUGGCAGUGUCUCAUUCUGGGAUCAAACUUUUAAAGACAGUGAAAAGCAGCACUGCAGCUCCAGACUACUUCCGAGUGCUCCGUCCGUACAGCUACACAGAUAUCCUGUUUGUGACCAUUCCAUCUCAGAACAUGCUAGAGUUUAAUCUGAUGAAUGAAAAACUGAUUCUGUUUUCGGCCAAAGCUCCUCAGAUCAAACAGAUGAUUGAUCUCUUCAUCUCUCAUCUUAAGAAGGAUUCUGAGUAUGUUGUAGCAGAGAGAAACUUCAUCACAGAGGACAGAGCUCUUUUAAACUUCCAUAAAGGAGAUAUAAUUCGUCUGCAGGCCAUGGAUGGAUUAGAGGAGGGUCAGAGUUACGGCUGUGUGGUGAAGAAAAAGGUCAUUUACCUCGAGGAGCUAAAGAGAGGCACACCAGAUUUUGGCUGGAGGUUUGGAGCAGUGCAGGGUCGGAGUGGAGCGUUCCCCAUGGAGUGUGUGGUUCCUGUAGCUGCUCCUGAUUUCCUGAGUCUCCCGGCAGAGAGAAGAGACGAGCCGAGAGAUAGACAGGGCCGAGUGGCAGCAUCAGGAGCUAUCGCUCUCGCCGUGGCCUCCACUGCGGCUGCUCAUGAACUAGACCCCUCACUAGAGUCUGAUGGAUUCGGGGAUUUUGGUGACUCUGAAGUUGAGGGGAAUGUUAUUUUGGACAGCCAGUACAACAUGGUGGAGUUUGCCAAGAAAUAUUUCAGAACAUCAAAUGGAAACAAGAGUGAUUCAUUCAGAGAUAAGUCCAAAAGAGGUAAAGGAAACAAAGAUCCUGCAGAGAUGGUGAAAUUCAGCAAGAACCCUAUCCUAGAGUCCCUCAUAGACUUCACUGACCCCAACAUGAACCGGGUUGCUUCUGAAAUUUUCCUAGCCAUAAUGAAGUUCAUGGGAGAUCAUCCACUCAGGGGCCAAUCAGAGCAAUUUGUGGUUUGCACCUUCCUUAAGUUAACGGGUGAAUAUGGACUGAUGAAGGAUGAGGCGUACUGUCAAGUCCUCAAACAGAUUACAGCCAAUACCAGCUCUAAACCUGACAGCUGUCAGAAGGGCUGGCGCUUGCUCUACAUUCUGACUGCUUUUUAUCGCUGCUCUGAAGUGCUCAAACCAUUCUUACUCAAGUUCCUACGAGACGUCUGCAGAAGUCCUGAAGUGCUUUUUCAUGGAAUUGCUAAAGCUUGUGAGCAGAAUCUGAGAAAGACCUUUCAGUUCGGUGGCAGGAGUGUUUACCCCAGUAAUAUGGAGCUCAAAGCCAUAAUGGCUGGUCGAAGCUCGAAACGGCAGCUGUUUCUAUUUCCAGGCGGGAUUGAGAGACAUUUGAAGAUCAAAACCUGCUCCGUGGCACUGGAUGUCAUAGAGGAGUUGUGUUAUGAAAUGGCGUUACAAAGGCUGGAGGCAAUGGAUGAGUACACAAUUUUCAUAGUCACCAACAGAGGUCAGAAUGUGCGGCCCCUCAAUAAGAGAGAGUACAUAUUAGACAUCGCAACAGAAGCGGAGCAAAUUGAUACCAACUACAGCUUCUGGUUCAGACGAGUCAUCUGGGCCCAUCCGCUGAAGUUUGACAACGAGCUCUGUGUCACCAUGCACUAUAACCAGGUUCUGCCAGACUACCUGAAGGGUCUGCUGAAUAUUGUACCUCAGGGAAAGAUCAGUGAACAGCAGUUUAACCAGUUUGCCAAACUUGCUGCUCUUCAACACAGAGCCAAAGACAGCCUCUACACACCUACUAUUCAUGAGUUGACAGAGUACAUCCCAGUUGAGAUCUUUGGCAGACAGGGGCCUCAGCAGUGGAUGCAACUGGUUGCCCAACAUGUACAUGCCGUCCAAAGCCUGAACCCUCACCAGGCCAGAUCCCAGUUCCUGGGUUUGGUGUGUGCAUUUCCCAUGUUUGGAUCGUCCUUCUUUUACAUCCAAAGCAGCAGCAACAGCACCAUCUCUGCACCAUGCAUCCUCGCUGUCAAUCAGAACGGACUGCACUUCCUGCACAAAGACACUCAUGAGGUGCAGGUGAAGUUCCAGCUGAAACUGGUUCAGUCAGCUCACACACAGCGGCCCAGCGCUGGAUCCAGUUACCCUUAUGUAGACAUCCUGAUAGGAGACUUAACCAACCACAGAGUCACACAGUUACAGCUGGAACAGGGUCUGGAGCUGUGUCGGGUUAUCGCCAUGCACAUUGAGAAUAUGCUCUCUGUGCGAGAGAAGAGGCUGACGCUGCCACCCAGUGAAAUCACCAUGCUGUAACAAAACACAUUUCUAUGCAUUUUGUAUGUGUAAUUUUCUAUUUAUUGAUUAUCUCAUCAUAUCUAAACCAAACCUCUCAAUGCAAUGUUUGCACUAAUCAUGUGUAUUUGUUCAGAUUUGUUCAGAUUAUGUAUAGAAGACACGCAAUGAAUGAAACGCAUUAUUUUUGUACUGAAUGUGUAAUAUUUAUACAGAUGAUUAUUAUUUGCCUUGUUUUUGUGCAUCAAAACAUGUAAUGCAAAAUUGUUCCUUAAUACCUCAGAUAAGUAAUCGAGGUAUAAAUGUUUUUAUAUUAAAACUUUUAACACAUGCACAUAUCAGUUAGAAGGAAGAGAGAUGUUACUCAGGAGAACACAGCAUGAAUGUAAUAUUUUUCAUUCUCAUUUUCUCACAAAGACUGACAAUGAAAUGGUAGUUUUUGAAUUAGUGCAAUGAAAAUUUUUCAGUCAAACUUUGUAUAUUUAGCUAUUAGUUAACAUAUGGGACCUGUGGCUUGUUAAAUUUGUAUUUUUAUAGUUUUCUUAAUAAAUUUAUUGAUUAUAGGCUAAGUUUA